AUGGCAGCAACAGCAUCUCUCAACGCCGUGCUUCUGGUAUCGUGUUAUUGCAGUGCAGCGCAAGGCCUUUGCCUCGGUGCGAAUCCAGCAGGUUGGCAAAGAAAACAACACUCCUGGCCGAACCAGCAGGGGGUGCGCCAACAUCAACAGCCACAGCAGCUUCACCAUCAUCUACUAUACGCCCGCAACCGCCGACGCGCUGCUUUACCCCUUGCUGCCGCCUCCGACGGCAGUAGUAGAAGCAACAGCGAAAGCAGUAGACCUGAGACGACGGCAGGGUUCGGGUCCCGAGCAAGCCGUCGUAGCAAGAAAGGUAGAAUAAACAAGAAUACCGACAGCAAGGGUGGGCUCGCUACCGCUGCUCCAGCAGUCGUUUUGUUGAAACGAUCGAGUCGGUGGGCGUGCGUGAAGAACUGUGGGGCCUGCUGCUACCUCGCCCCAGAUGAGAGGCCGGACUUGGCGGAAUAUCUCCCAGACCCGGAGGAAUUUGACUUGUACAUGUCCAUGACGGGCGGCGACGGCUGGUGCAAGCACUUCGACAAGGAGAGCAGGGCGUGCACCGUCUACAGCGAUCGCCCGCGCUUCUGCCGAGUGGAGAUGGAGACGUUCGGGAGCAUGUACGGGGUGGAACCCGAGGACAUGGACGACUUUUGCUCGUCGUGCUGCACCGAGCAAAUAAGUGACGUUUACGGAGCAGAGAGCAAGGAGUUGCGGGUUUUCAACGAGGCCCUCGCGGCGCUUGAGAGAGGGGAGCGGCCAAAGCCAGACCUGAGCGCGUUUGGCGGUGACCUUAGGGGACAGGGAGAGGGGCAAAUUCGAGACUGGGGCCUGGAGGAUGAUAGAUAGCGGGUGCAAAUAUGACACGUGUUCGCUUCCUCUGCGCACGGAAAGGAAAUUUGCAUGCACGGGGCCACCAUCGGCUUCUGUCUUUCGCAUUGACCUUUCCAAAGGGGGCUUUGUCCCCUGAAGGUGUUCUUUUUCGGCCUAUGCAUCUUCAAACGUAAAAAUACCGAGGGUACAAGGUUGUCUUCGCGUGAGGCUUUCAUCUUGUCCGCUUUUGAACCGCGCCACUCGCGGUGAAUCUUAGAGGGUCUUCCGUGAGUAUUCGCGAAACACUGUACACUGUUAUGUAUCGCCUGUAGGGUUAUGUUACUCUGUGAGACCUAGACCUAUCCACAAGAUGAACAAG